CGAGCGCUGCAAUGGCCGCUGCGGUUUUAAGGCUGUUCGUUACUGAGGGCGUUAGCAGAUCUAUUAAUGAGGCGCAGCCCCUGGGGUACCGUGAGCGACCUUUCAUCCCGGUAGCUCUGGGGCCGGUUUGCGUGAAGCUGGCGUGGUUGCCGGGCUGUAAGCUGUGUGAAGCCCCAAGCGUGGGCAAAGAGCGUACAUUCAGUGCGUGAAAAAGGAAGAAAAAAAAGAGAUCAUGAUGUCCACGAGGAUUUUUAGAAUACGUCUGCUGUUCUGCUUUCUGGCGGCAUUCAUCACCUCUGCCCUAGCUGAGGAACAUGUAGGAGAGAGUCAACAUGCAAAUAUUCGCCUUGAUAAGAACUUGGUACAAGAUAAAGACCACAUCAUGGAACAUUUGGAAGGUGUUAUUGAGAAACCAGAAUCCGAGAUGUCUCCACAAGAGUUGCAGCUUCAUUACUUCAAAAUGCAUGAUUAUGAUGGCAAUAACUUGCUAGAUGGGUUAGAGCUUGCUACUGCUAUAUCGCAUGUCCACAAGGAGGAAGGUGGUGAGCAUAUCCAGGCAAUGAAAGAAGAAGAGCUGAUCAGUCUAAUAGAUGAUGUCUUAAGAGAUGAUAAGAACAAUGACGGAUACAUUGACUAUGCAGAAUUUGCAAAAUCACUGGAAUAAGGUUUUGCAGGGGGCUUGUUUCUCUUUCUAACUACGUGGAAAUGUGAACCAGUAUAAUGUGAUUCAUUACUGUCUCUGUGCUGUGAGGAGGAGAGGUGUACCGGUUCCAGCUGAAUUUAUUUGAAAGCUGUAUGUGUUAAGAGACUGGCUAACUCAGAGCAAGGGCCGUGUUUGACUGAACAUAGCUGCAUAUUUGAGUCGUGAAGCAUGGAAGCGUCAACACUACUUAUAUAGGGUACAGCUGGCAAACUUCUAAGUGGCUGUUUAUGAAUAGUAAAUAGAUCACAUACAAUCUAAAUUUCAGUUUUUCUGUCAUUGGGUUAUAUAGUACUUGUUUGCUUACAGCUCCUAUUUAAACUUACAAAACACCUAGAAAGCAAGGAAAGAUUACAGCAUAUAGUUGUAUUUCAAGGAUAAAUGUCCUUACCUUCCCACUAAGUUCAGAGGAAAUUUGCGUAUAAGUACAGGUGCUUGAAACAGCAAUUGUACAGGAAAAGUGUUUGAAUGUGGUUUACGUCUGAGGUCCACGUGAUACCAUAUGGGCUUUUACACAGUCUUUGAAGAAAUUGAUUAAAUAUAUGUACUUCCUAGCAUACUCUUACAUAGGAAAAUAUACAUAUAUGUGUGUUUUUCAAUUUCUUCUUAUCCUUCAGUUUUACUUUUUAUAUCUUAAUCUACUGAUUUUUUUCCUCUACCUUCUGUGGUGUUUUCUUAAGAAAAUGAAAGUAUUUUUAUUACAUUUAUAUGUUGUAUUAAUGCUGUAUAACACUUACUAGAGUAGCUUCUGCUAUCUCAUUUUGAAGGUCACGUUACCAGUAAACCAUAAAAGCUUCUGUUCAAUUUGGUUUUUACAGUAUUAGCCAGCAGGAUAAUCUAAGUGAGCAAAUAAUGCUGCCUUGUUAAGGUUUAAGUUCAUAUUCCUUGACACUUAAAUUACGGUAUUACUUUCAGGAGGUAUUUCAUAACUAAGAGUUUCAAGAUACUUCAGUGUGUGCAAAUUAAUGUGGUUCUAGAAAUGUUUUCACUCUCUUGACUCAGUACUUGGUAAGUCAAGCAGUUUAAGGAUAUUAGAGAAAUGAUGUACUGCUGUGUUAUUGAUAUUUGGUGACUCUAAAGCAUAACUGAAACCUGAAAUUGCAUUCAAUCAGUAUCCAUUAAUAGAGAAUCUAAUGUUAGCCUAUUCCUGUAAAACGUAUAAAGAGCUAUUUUCUGUACAAAAUUAUUCUUAUACAAGAG